ACCAUAUCAGCCUCGGUAUCGCAGGUAUCGCGGCUUUGAUAUCCGCAGUUUCUGCAUCGAACCUGCAUUAACACGCCCCACACUACAUUAUACAUAUCAUGACCCAAAGACUGGAACGUGCGCUGUUCCUUCACGGGCGACUUCGCCCAAACCUAUUGUUCGCGAAUCUACUGCUGUUAUGCAUCGUGAUUGGGCUAUAUCUCCAUCUUGCUGGACAGAGCCAUUUAUGGAGCUCUGGAACUGUGGUCAGUCAUCCCCCCGGUGCGAACUCUUUGAAUUCGUUGGCUCCGAUCAAUUUACAGAGUCCCAACUCCGAUGCCGAAGUUCGGCGAAGGCGUUUCGACGCGCGCGUACAUGAAGUUUUUGGAAUCGCAGGGCAGGCGGCUUCUGGGCGGUCACAUAUAGCGUCGGAACAUGUUACACGACGAUUGGGCAUUAAUCGCAUGUUUCAGGACAGUGAGGCGCUGAAUGUGCAGGCAAGAGCAGACCCUCCCUCUUUCCGCUGGGUGGUCUUCACUUGCCACUGCGCGGGAGAUAUCGGCGGCCCGGACUGUAUUUGUGGCGGUCUGGGUGAUCGUUUGAAAGGCUGCGUCUCUGCGUACUAUUACGGCGUUUUUACCAAUCGAGCGUUCGCCAUUAGCAUGACGUUUCCGGAUGACGUGCGAAGUUAUCUUGUCCCCUCAAAUUUGGAUUGGAGCCUCGACCUCGCGAAACUUCACGGAAGAACCGAGGUGACAGUGAACUUGAUUGAUCCACCUGAUGACGAUAGGGCACUCCUGGAUGGCCCUGACUCGUGGAACGACUACGAUGUAGUCUAUGUUCGGACCAACCGCGAUCUUCUUAGCAAGAUGCUCCAGAACCAUUCAUGGCAGCUUACAAGGGAGAAGUACUCAUUGCAAAAUUACCACCGCGAGAGUUUGGUAGGAUCAGCGUUGCGAACACUUUUUCAAGCGUCCCCCAGAAUGGAGCAUAUGCUUGAGAGUAUCCGGAAGAGCAUACCGAACUAUCGGCGGCUCAUCAAGAUUGGCAUUCAGUUCCGCGCUGGGGGACAAACUGGCGAGGGCGCAUUUGAGCACGACACGGGCGGUCACAGAACCUCAUUGGAUAUGGCGAAUUGCUUCAUUGCUCGUGCUGUGCAAUUUGCGCUGGACCGCCGCCUUCGAACAGAUGAGGUCGUUUACUUCUUGACAUCUGAUCAUGAAGCGAUCCAAAGUCAGAUGUCCGAGACCCUCAAUGAUUUGGGAUACAAGACAUUUACCACCACCGGCCCGUUGACACACAUCGACAAGCCCGUUCACGAAGCUGGAGACCAAUCACAAGAAAUGAAACAUCGGCGAACUUACAUCGACUGGUUUCUUGAGGCGGAGAUGGACUACCUUGUCAUUUCCCGAUCAGGUUUUGGAGAAACUGCUCAUUUCUAUACGCUGAAUCCAACCGUACGGAUAAGAAGCGUUGAGAACAACUGUGUGUUCGACAAUUCUACCGACCACUCUUUAUGGCCCGUCACUUCGAGCUCGAAAGGGGCCUUUAUGACCGACUGAUAUAGUUGUUAGUGUUGAUUUUGGUCUUGAACUGAGUGAAUAUAUGGAUUCCAGGACAACCCAUUGGUAUCACGGAGCCCUAAAAACCAUGAACAGGAAAACUUCCGGUAGAAACGGACCACUCUGCGCUGUUGGCAUUGGCACGGAGAUCUGGCCGGAACGUGGGCGCGGUAGAGAUACGCGCUCCAGGACUACCAGAUGGAGAUUAGGUACAAAGCUGGCAAUUCUCGAUCUCAGGCUGUCCCCGAUUUCCUGUCGAGAGCUUUGCUGGAGGAGAAAAGGUCAAUUGGGACCCAGACGGAUGCAACUGAGGAAGUAUCCGCCGAGAAGAGGAAGUGUUUGUGAUGGAAGGAGACGGAGCAGUUGCUGAGGAAACCGAAGC